GCGGGAGAGAGCGGAGCGCGAGGCGCUAUUAAGGACCACACUGGUGCAGCGGAAUCCGGACCUCGUCGGGCCUUGGCAUUGCUGCUAGCCAGUGGGAUCCACCGACGCGCGCCCGCGCGGGCAGCCCGAGGCACCGCACGAGGGCAGGGUAACCAUGGAGGAGCCCAGGGGGGAGCCGCCCGGGGAGCAGAAGGAGGCCGAGAGCCCGACGGUCGACACGGACGGCAUCGCGCCGCUGCCCGCGAACCUCAUGCAGCGCUCGAGCGCCCAGAACCAGGAGAUGGAGGCGCACCGCGAGUUCCCGAAGUACAUGCUGCACCCGUUCGCGACGUUCCGGUCGUCCUGGGACGUGGCGACGCUCUUUUUGUUGUUCGUGGCGGCCGUGCAGAUGCCCGUGGUCGAGUGCUUCGAAGUGGCCAUGUGGACGCGGACGGGCGAGCCGAACGGGGUCAUGAUCUUCACGAUGAUCGUGGACUUCUUCUUCGUGGUGGACAUCUUCCUGAACUUUAACACCGCCGUCGAGGUCGAGCACGUCGAGGGGCGGGAGGUGCACCGGCGCCUCCUGACCGACAGGAGGGACAUCGCCACGGAAUACCUGCGGACGUGGUUCCUCGUGGACUUCGCGGCGAUCGUGCCGCUGUUGUUGGACAUCGUGGCGCUGGCGACGCCGACGAAGGCGGACAACGAGAGGCGGCGCCUCGAUAGCGACGUGAACUUCGUGCGGUACUUUAAGCUCCUCAAGUCGAUGCGACUCGUGCGGGCGCUCAAGGUCUUCAAGUUUCUGCGGAUGAACCGGGUGCUCGCGCGCCUCGAGUACACGUUCAUCAUGUCGCAGAACUACUUCCAGAUGCUGAACUUCCUCGUAAUUACACUCAUCUUCUGCCACUUCUUCGCGUGCGCGUUCUACUUCGUCGCGUCGCAGAACCGUUUUCAAGACGAUAGGUGCGCCGAGCGGGAUGCGUCCGGGAGUUGCGUGUACUACGCGCACCGCAAGGGCGACUUCCGGCCGGCGACGUGGAUCGCGCGCCACGGCAUGAACGGCCGCAGCAAGGUCGACCACUACAUCGCGUCCUUUUACUGGACGGUGAUGAUCGUGACGACGGUCGGGCUAGGAGACGUGGCCGGCGCGUCGACGGCGGAGCGCUGCCUGAGCAUCGUGGUCAUGAUCGUCGGCGCGGCCAUCUUCACGGUCGGGACGUCGUCCAUGAUUCAUUUGCGGGACCAGCUCCAGUGGAAGAAGCGCCAGUUCGCGCAGUCGAUGCACCAAUUAAAUUUAUACAUGGACGAGCACAAGAUCUCGGCGGGGUUAAGGCAGGAGAUCCGCGAGCACGCCGUGGCCAAGGCCCAGCGGUAUACGCUUACGUUGACGGAGGAGCAGCGGCUGCUCGACGGGCUGACGCUCGAGCUGCGGUCGAAGCUGACGCUGGAAAGGAACCUGCACUUCCUCGAGCAGGUGAACUUCCUCAAGGACGCCGCGGCGCCCGCGCUGCUGCGCGCGAUCGCGGCGAAACUGCACAUCGCGCACUUCAGCCCCGGCGACGUCGUGGUCCGGCAGGGCUCCGAGGCCGACGCCAUGUUCUUUUUGGUACGGGGCGCCGUCGAGGUCUUGGUGUCGGUCGGCGCGCGGCAGCGGCGCGUCGCCCUGCUCUCGCGGAACCAGUUCUUCGGCGAGGGCGCGAUGAUGGCCGAGCCGGCCAAACGCAACGCGACGAUCCGGGCCAUCAUGAUCACGGAGGCCCGGACGCUGUCGCGCGCGGACAUGUUCGACGCGGUACGGCGGUCGGAGCGCGACGUGCUCGCGGCGCUGCGCACGGCCGACCUCCUCAAGGCCCGCAGAAAGUCGUCGAGGUUCCCCUCGCUGCGGCGGCGGCGCGUCGAGCCCGCCCAGACCGGGGACUCGGCGCCGCCGACGCCCGACGAGGCCGACGCGACGUCGAACUCGCUGCUCGUGACGAUGCGCCGGACGCUGACGUCGCGCGAGGACGCGAACCAGGCGCUCUUCCGCCGGCGCAGCGACUCCUCCGAGGACGCGCCCCAGGCGGGGCCGACGCCGCCGUCGUCGCGCACGACCACGCCGCGCCGGACGCCGCGCCGGCCCAUAACGUCGUCGAUCUCGUCGACGCCGCGGCGCACGGGCCGGUCGGCGCGGUCGCACUGGAACCUGCUCCACCCGCUGCCGAACCUCGUGUCGCACGCCUGCAAGGACCCGGGCUCGCAGCGCGGCGCGCUGACGAGCGAGGGCGCCGACCUGCGCGACAACGUCUCGGCGGGCCUCGACGCGAGCGGCGCGGGCGCCGUGCAAGCCGUCGACGGGCGGCUGCGCGCGCAGUUCGAGGAGCUCCGCGCCGACCAGGCGCGCUUCCGCAAGGAGGUCCUCUCCAAACUGAGUGCGGUCGCGACGAUGCUCUCGCAGCAGGGGGCGCCCCAGGGCGUCGCGUAAUUAGAAGUUCUUAUUCUGGC